AUGGAAGAAAUAUCAAGUAGUUCAUGUUUUUCGAGUUUUGGUGUAGACAUCGUUUUGAAAGAAACUGAUGAACAAAUAUCAUGUGCUGAACCAUUACCAACUUGUCAACAAUUAUGUGAAGAAGUUCUAUCGUGUCAACAUCAUAGUUGUGAUUUAAUUUGUCAUCCAAAAGAAUUUCACCUAUGUGAUCAAUUAAAUAAACAAACAAACAUAUGUAAUCGAACAUGCUGUAAUCUUGAUAUUCAUCAAUGUGAAUUAGUCUGCGGUAAAAGACUUUCUUGUGGUGUACAUACAUGUAAAGAAUUAUGCCACUUCAACUUUUGCCUAAAUUGUUCAUUGUUCGAUCAGGAAAUCAAAUGUAAUUGCGGUGAAACAGUUAUUAAACCACAAUCUACAUGUCUUAAAACUCUGCGAAUGUGUUUUUUUUCAUGUAAGCAAGCACAUGAAUGUGGUCAUUCUGCUAAUCAUUGGUGUCAUAAUGAUGGCGAAUGUCCACCUUGUACACAUGCUGUUCCAAAAAUGUGUGUUGGCGAGCAUAUGUCAUUUGAUGUUCCAUGUCAUGUAGAAACGGUAUGCUAUCGUCAACCAUGUGGUAAAUUUCUUUUAUGUACAGUUCAUACAUGUCAACGUUCAUGUCAAUCCUUUGAUCAAAAAUGUACACAACAAUGUAAUUUAAAACGCCGUGAAUGUGGUCAUAAAUGUAAUUUAGUUUGUCAUGGAGAUGAACCAUGUCCAGAAACAAUAUGUAAUGCAAUUGUUAAAGUUAUAUGUCCAUGUGCCCAGGUCGAACAUUACGAAAAAAAUUAUAUACUUAAUAUAAAACCAAAUGAAUUUAAUGAAAAAGAUUCUGAUUUUAAUUUAACAUCAUACAUUGAAUCAUUAAAAGUUUACAUAGGAAAUUCAAUACUUGCACGAAAACAACAACAACAAUUAGAAUGUGAUGAUGAAUGUCAUGUUAUACUACAGAAUAAAAAUUUAACUCAAGCUGUAUCAGUUAAGCUUGAUGAACUACGACAAUUACCAACUGUUUAUACAGAUUUUUUACUUGGUUAUGCACCGAAAAAUUUAGAAUUUGUUGAAACUAUUCAACGACAAUUAACUCAACUUGUUGAAGAAACUCAAGCUGUUCGUCGUUUAAUACAAUUUUAUUUGUUUACACCAAUGCAAUUUCAUGAACGUUAUUUAAUUCAUCAAUCAGCACCAUUUUAUGAUCUUCAAACACAAGCAAUGAAUCCUGAACCAAAUCGAAAGACUGCUGGAUGUGCAUCUUGUGGUAUAUGUAAAAUUCCAUCAAUUUCAUUAAGUGAAACAGUUGUACCUGAAAAACUUUAA